GUGUGUGUGUGUGCCACGCAAUAUCAAAAUAUUUGUUCCAUUUUUAAUAUAUUCGUGUACCGGCUUUUAAUUUGAUUUUUUGUUUUAUUUGAAAAAAGUUUAGUUAAUAAAUUCAGUAAAUUGAUAUUACAAUCGAAAAAACAAAACAACAAUGCCUAAAAAGAAGAAAAGUAAUCGAUUUGAUUUUUUAAACGAUGAUGAUGAUGAAGUACCAUCAAUUAUAACGGCUGAAGAUUUAGCCAAUGAUGAUGAUGAAAUUGGAAAGAAAAUUGGUCAACAAAAGAAAAAUAAGAAUAAAAAAGAUAAUAAAGGUGAUUCAAAAUCUCAGGUGACCAAAGAACCACCAAAACCAGUCGUCAUCGACGAUAAUGAAGAUGAUAUUGAUAUGGAUGAUGAUAAUGAAGAACAACAAGAAAAUGUUGAUAAAUCAAUGGAUGAUGUAACGAAUAAAAUGACAAAAUUAACACAUAAAGAAAAACGAAAAUUAAAAUUACAAAAAGCACGUGAAGCAGAAGAACAACAACAAUUAGAAGAAUGUUUAACAUUGGAUAAAAAUUUUACUAUUUCAACAUCUGGUGCAACAUUAGUUGAUAAUGCAUUAAAAGUGGAAGAAUUUUCAAUGAGUGCUGCUGGUAAAGAAUUAUUGGUGAAUGCAUCAUUAUCAAUAACAUUAGGUCGUCGUUAUGGUUUGGUUGGACCAAAUGGUCAUGGUAAAACAACAUUAUUACGUCAUAUUGCUGAUAAACGUGCAUUACGUUUACCCAAUGAAUUGGAUAUUUUACUUUGUGAACAAGAAGUUAUGGCUGAUGAAACGCCUGCCGUACAGGUUGUUUUAAAAAGUGAUAAAAAACGUGAUGCAUUAAUGGAAGAAUUAGAUCAACUUUCAAAAGUGGAUAGCCUAAAAAAUUCUGAACGUAUAACACAGAUUUAUGAUGAAUUACAAGCAAUCGGUGCUGAUAGUGCUGAAUCACGUGCACGACGUAUUUUAGCCGGUUUAGGUUUUGUUACAGCCGAAAUGCAAGAUAGACCGACGAAAAAUUUUAGCGGUGGUUGGCGUAUGCGUGUAUCAUUAGCACGUGCAUUAUUUAUGGAACCAUCCGUACUGUUGUUGGAUGAACCAACAAAUCAUCUUGAUUUAAAUGCCGUUAUUUGGUUAGAUAAUUAUCUACAAGAAUGGAAAAAAACAUUAAUAAUCGUAUCACAUGAUCAAUCAUUUUUAGAUAAUGUUUGUACAGAUAUUAUACAUUUAGAUCGGCAAAAAUUAUUCUAUUAUCGUGGAAAUUAUACACAAUUUAAAAAAAUGUAUGAACAAAAAAAACGUGAAUUUAAUAAAGAAUUAGAUAAACAAGAACGACAAUUGAAACAGUUGAAACAAUCAGGAAAAUCAAGUAAACAAGCUGAAAAACAGAUAAAAGAACAUCAAGCAAGAAAAGCUGGUGAUCAUCAAGCUAAAAGUAAUCUGCUAAAACGACAAAAAGAUUAUCAGGUACGAUUUACAUUUGUUAAUCCACCACCAUUAAGUCCACCAAUUCUUGGCCUACAUGAUGUUGAUUUUGGUUAUGAAUCGAAUAAAUUAAUAUUUAAAAAUUUAAAUUUUGGUAUCGAUAUGUCAUCACGUAUUGCUAUUGUUGGUCCAAAUGGUGUUGGUAAAUCAACAUUUUUAAAAUUACUUUCAGCUGAAAUUGAACCAAUUUCAGGUGAAUUGAGGAAAAAUCAUCGUGCACGUAUUGCAAAAUUUGAUCAACAUUCAGGUGAACAUUUACCCAGUUCGGAAACACCAACCGAAUAUCUGAUGCGUGUUUUUAAUCUAACAUAUCAAGAUGCACGUAAACAACUUGGUUCAUUUGGUCUAAUAUCACAUGCACAUACAAUACCAAAUGGACAGUUAAGUGGUGGACAAAAAUCACGUGUUGCAUUAGCUGAAAUGGCAUUACGUGGACCACAUAUAUUGAUAUUGGAUGAACCUACAAAUAAUCUUGAUUUAGAAUCAAUCGAUGCAUUAGCUAAAGCUAUAAAUGAAUUUGAAGGUGGUGUCAUCGUCGUUACACAUGAUGAACGUUUGAUUCGUGAAACUGAUUGUCAAUUAUGGGUUAUUGAAAAUAAUUCCAUUGCAGAAAUUGAUGGUGAUUUUGAUGAUUAUCGGGAAGAAAUUCUACAAUCAUUAGGUGAAAAAGUUAAUAAUCCAUCAUUAUCCGCACAGAUGGCCGGUGCUAUUUAAUAAUAAUGAUGAUUUUUUUUAUAAGAAUUUUUUUCCAAUUAUUGUUUGAAA